AUGAUGCUGUUGUUGACAUUCCCAAGCGGAAGUGCCGGUACCCACGGAGCUGGAGUCGGCGGUGGUAACGGUGGCAACACUGCAUUCACCAGUUCGAGCGUAACUUACGGACCUAAUGGCGGUUUCGGACAAGCUUCCGCUUUCCCCGGUGGUCCUGACGGUUUGGGCGUAAGAAUAGCAGCAGUUCCAGCGGUACGAGUAGCGUCAACGGAAAAACGACUUCGUACAAAACUUCAACUUUCGGAACGAACGACAAUGGAAAAAUAA